AUGUCUCCUCAAACCGAAAAUAAGAUGAAUGCGUCACAAACAUCGACAUGUUCGGCACUGUUGAAAGGUGACUCAUGCCGAUGUAACAGUAUUGAUGAAGUUGUGACAACAUAUUCAUCCAAAUUGCCUUCGCGACAACUUGUACAAGAUAUUCGCCUACCAAAUAUUGUUGUUUUUUAUAUAUCGAUAAACAAUUUUAACCAAUACGAAUCGCGAAAAAAAUUUUCAGUCGAUAUUCAAUUAGUAUCCUAUUCAUUUCUUAUUCGUCUAGUAAAUCGAACAUUUAAUCUACAGUCAAAUUUUACUUUAAUCGCUAAAGAAGCAUCUGCAUUCAUGUGCAAUAUUCCUGUUACCAACGAUUUUGAUGUUGACGGUUGUAUUAUGAAUGCACUUGAAGAAAAUGAUGAUGCAACUAAACAACAAUCAUCCGUUGAAUUUAUUGUUUAUGUAUAUCCACGAGCAAAACGUCAAAUUCAAUCUGAUACUGAUGAUUGGUGUAUACUCGACGAGACCGGAACAAAUUCAAAUGAUAAAGAUGAUAAUUUCGAAGUAAUCGAAAUACAAAACGACUCAAUUUUAGUAACCAUUAAACCAAAAGAUAAUCGACAAGAAUCAUUCUUACAAAAAGCUACUGGUUGGUUACAUGGUUCAGCCAAUGCAACAUCGAAUAGUUGUCUAACAAAAAAAGAAUUCUAUCAAAUGCUAGAUCCCGUUACAGGCCGUUUAUUAGAUGAACAAGCUUUCCGACAAAAAAUAUUUGAUAAUGGUUGUGAUGAGUCUAUUCGAAAAAUUGUUUGGUGUUAUUUGUUACGGGUAUUUAAUGAAUCCAUGACAAACGAUGAUAAGAAGGAGUACACGGUUAAAGCAACAGAACGUUAUAACGAAAUGAAAACAGCUUGGCAAAAUCGAUAUAAACUAAACGAUUCAGAGAUUAUUGCACUUGAAAAUCUAAUACAAAAAGAUGUACAACGUACAGAUCGUGCAGUGAAAUUUUUUGAUGAUAAAGAAAAUUCCUCUGGACAAAAACUAUUUCAAAUCCUCAUGACUUAUAGUGUUUAUCAUCCAGAGCCUGGUUAUGUACAAGGUAUGAAUGAUAUGGCAGCACCUAUUCUAUACGUUAUACGUGACGAAUCAUUAGCCUAUGCAUGUUUUUGUGCAAUAAUGCGUCAUAUGACUUCGAUAUUUCAUCCAAACGGUAUUGGAAUGAAUCGUCGAUUAGAUUUGCUAAGAAAAACAAUUCGAGCUAUUGAUUUGGAGCUAUGGACUAAAAUAGAACAAUGUGAUAUUGGUAAUCUAAUGUUUACGUUCCGUUGGUUACUAUUAGAUUGUAAACGUGAAUUUCCAUUUAAAGAUACAUUUCGUGUAUUUGAAACUAUAUGGGCAUCAUUGCCAGUCGACCGAUUUGAAUUAAAUAAUGAUAAUACAUUAUCAGAUCGCGAUGACCUUUGCCCAUCAAUGUUAUGCAAUCAACAUCGAGACUCCAUGCUCUCUUCAAUAUCCAAUACAAUAUUAUCCUCACGGUCAAGUUCACCAACACUCGAAGAUGCGCAAUCGAGUCUGGACGGUUGCGAUUCAGGUUAUCGCGAUGAACAAAUUCCGGGCUUAUCAGAUUUUAAUUCACGUUCACAAAAAUAUGAAAAUUCAACUUGUUUAACAUCAAAAAGCACUCUAUCUACAGCAACAUGUGUACCAUUAGGAAAAUGGUUAAUACAUUUUUCAUCGGUCGAUGAUGAGAAUCAUUUUUCAGAUAUGUUCACAAUAUUUCUUUGCGUUGCUUUACUUGAACAAAAUCGUUCGUCAAUAUUACAAAUAUCACCAUCAAAUGGCGACAGUGAUGAUUUUAUUGGUUCCUAUUUUACACGUCUUGUAAGACAGCAUGAUGCACGACAUGCAUUACAAUUAGCACGAAACUAUCAUCGACAAUACGUUCUCUUUCAAAUGCGUAUUAAACAACUAUUAUUGACUGAUAAUUAA